AAUAUAUAUAAUUUUUAUUGAUAAUAUAUAUCUUUAUCCAGUGAGAUUUUAGGACCACACCGGCCAUGUCUCAUGGCCUCCUUCACUCCACCAGUACGGCCACCACCGCCCCUCUCUCCAGCUGCAACCCUCUCCCGCCGCUCCCUCCUUCUCCUCUCCUCGUCCUCCCUCUCUCUUCCUCCACAACCUCAGCUUGAUACCACUAUCACCGACCGUGUCUUCAUGGACUUCUCCCUCUGCCCCACCUUCUUCCGCCCUGAAAGUGACUCUCUGUGCACUGACUCCACCCCUUUAGGCCGCCUCGUCAUCGGCCUCUACGGCCAUCAAGUUCCCAUCACCGUCUCCAACUUCAAGUCCAUGAUUACCUCUUCCACUUACAAAAACACGCUCGUCCACAAAAUCUUCCCUGGUCAAUUCUUCUUGGCCGGACGGCAAGGCCGCAGAGAAACCAAAGGAGAAGUGCAUCCGCCAUUGGAGUUCCUGGCUCGCAACACAGAGACUGUGGAGUCUAAGGCCUUCUUGUUGAGGCAUUCGAGAGGUGGCGUUGUUUCUCUGUGCUUGUCUGAGAAUGAUGAUGAGGAAGAGAUUAAGCUGGAUCCUGAUUAUAGAAACGUUGAGUUCUUGAUCACUACUGGGCCGGGUCCUUGCCCACAGUUGGAUAGCAAGAACAUUGUUUUUGGGGAAGUUCUUGAAGGACUGGAUACUGUGACAACCAUUGCUUCCAUUCCAACAUACAAACCAUCCGAAAGAAUCCAGCAAUACAAUGAUCUGGCGGCGUUUCUGGGAGACAAAAGAGCCCAGCAAGCUCGCACAAUCUGGAACAGACCUCUUAAAACUGUGUAUAUAAGCGACUGCGGCGAGCUCAAAGUCACAAGACCUUCCCUUUCUCCUAGUUUACCUUGAUACCAUUAUUCAUUUUUUCAGGCUUUCUGGGCCACCACUUGUGUAUACUCUUGCAUAUAUAAACCUUUCCAUCUUGAUAAUGAUUUUGUACUCUCAGAUUUUGUGCUCACAAGAUGGGAAAAAAAGGUUGUUUUUCUGCUUGUAAUUGAAAUGACCAAGCAUUCAUGUCUAA